AUGCUCUCCAGCCGGCGCUACUCCAUUGUGGUCCCUGGACCCGCCUUGAUCUGUUCCUCCUUCAUCCCUUUCUUCUUUGGCUUAAUCCCUCCGACCUUCAGAGGCGUGCGGUACGUGGAUGGAGGGUUUACUGACAUUAGAUCCUGCUUUGAUGACAAGAUGACCAUCACUGUGUCCCCGUUCCUUGGGGAGCAUGACAUCUGUCCUAAGGUCAAGUCCACGAACUUCCUGCAUAUAGACGUGUGCAGUCUCAGUCUCCGCUUCUGCUUGGAAAACGUCCACCUGAUCAACCAAGUCCUGUUCCCCCCGGAUGUGAAGGUGCUGGGAGAGAUUUGCCUGCGAGGGUACUUGGAUGCGGGCAGGUUCCUGGAAGAAAAAGGCAUCUGUGACAGGCCCCGUCCUAGCCCGAGUGUGCCCUCGGCAGCGCCCGAGUUCCUUCCGUUCUCCUGGGAAACCGCGAGCCCCGAGGCUUCCCCGGGGGCGGCUGCCUGGCAGGGGAGGCCCGAGGUGGCCGAGCUGCUGGCCCACCUGCGUGUCAGCCUCCGGCCCUGGGACGAGAGCAUCCUGGAGACCCUGUCGCCCAAGCUCAUUGCAGGCCUGAGUGAGGCAUGUAGACCCCGAGGUGGCCGCUGGAGCAAGAUCUGCAGCUUCCUACCAGUGAAGGUCAUGUCUUACGUGAUGCUGCCCUGUACGCUGCCCGUGGAGACCGCGCUCGCGGUGGCCCAGAGGCUGAUGCUGUGGGUUCCCGACAUCCCUGCCGACGUCCGGUGGCUGUUGUCCAUCACCUCCCAGGUUUGUUCUCGAGGGAUGAUGCAUCUGCUCCCCACGUCCUCGCGGGUGUAGAUGGACAAAGAGAGAAACAGCUGUUGCUGUGUGUCAGUUACUCUUAUUGAGUUUUAUUGAUAUUCCGAAGCUCUGUCCUCUGACAGGGCCUAG